UUAUUUUGCCGCCUGCCGUCACCCAUCAACUUGACCAUCUGUAGCUGCUGCGAAAUGGUCAUUGCCGUGCCGUCUCUCUAUCUCUCUCGUGUGUGUAUAUGCGUGCCAAAUCCCCUCUUGCCAAACGGCACGCACAAGCAAGCGAUUCGACCAGGAUAGUAGCACAACGUCUCCCGAUCGGCCUUGCGGUUACACUAGAGUAGAGACUUGGUAGUAUGGUCGACCGGGAAACGAAGCAUGCGUUCGUGCCCCAUAACUCCACCACUGCAGUUAGGGAAAUACGAGAAGACUCUGAAUCAACACUUCGCCUCUUCUUCUCCCUCACCUCGUCUCGUCGUCUUCCCUCCUUCUGCUUGAGUUGCUUUGGAGACUCCUCCCGUUUUCUGUCUCUAUAGCGGGAUCUCUACGUCAGUCAACUGUUGCAUCUCUUGCAAAUUCUGACCGCUUCUUCAAGCAAAACAUCAUACCCCGGCCGUCUGUCUGUUUGUCCCCUGCCAAAGCAAUCCAUCCAUCUUCAUCUUUCAUCUUUCGGCGGCGCUCCAAGAACCCCUAAUUUGAUGGGGGGUAGAAAAGAGAAAGAAACAGAGAGGGGGGAAACAACCUAGCCUGUGCAAUCUUCAAAAAUUCCCCAAGGCCAGUUAUCUGCAUUCAAUACUGUACAUUUUAGCACACGACGAUUCAAAUCACGGUGAAAUCUCAGUUGAUACAUGCCAAUAUUUUCAAGAUUAUCGCACACUCUUACUAUUUAUUCUCGCAAAGGCAGAGGCAGAGGCCGUACCAUCUCAACAAGACAAGAGCACUCCUGCUCAAGAACCACGCCAAGACUCGAUCGAUCCAUCCUUGUCUCGACCAUCCAUCGGGAUGGAGCAGCUCCGGCAGCUCGGCGAGGUGGUGGGCAGCAUCAACGCGCUCAUGGCGUUCGAGGCCGACCUCCGCAUCAACCCUCGCCAGUGCCGCCUCCUCGCGGAAACCUGCGCGCACGCGCUGGACGCCGUCACCGGCAAUGUCCGCGCCCACCUUCGCUUCGAUGAGCGCGGCUCCAAGUGGCGCGCCCUGGAGUCCCCGCUCCGCGAGCUCCACCGCGCGCUCCGCGACGCCGAGGGCUACGUCCGCCAAUGCCUCGACCCGCGCGGCAGCUGGUGGGCCCGCGCCGCCGCCAUGGCGCACGGCACGGAGUGCGUCGAGCACCACCUCUACAACAUCCUGUGGUGCGUCUCCGUCGCCGUCGAUGCCAUCGAGGCCGCCGGGGAGAUCGCCGGCUCCGAGCCGGACGACCACGCGCGGGCGCGGCUUCUGCUGGCCAACAAGUACGACAGGGACAUGCUCGAGCCAAAGCUGUUCCAGCUCGCGCUCGGCAAGCGGUAUUUGGUAUCCCGAGAACUGGUCGUUCGGAUGGACGCGGCGUGGAAGGAGGACAGGUGGGCGCUGUCGCAGCUGCUCGACGAGAUGACGGGCCCGGCGGCACCGAAGCGCCUGUCCAAGAACGAGCACCGCCUCGCCGAGGUCCUCGCCGCGCCGAGGGGGAGGCUGCACCCGGCGUCCAUUCUGCUUGGAGGCGACUACAGCGUCCGCAGGAGGCUGGGCGGCCGCCUCAAGGAGGUGCAAUGGAUGGGGGAGAGCUUCGCGAUGAAGCAUUUCAUCGGGGACGGCGAGGCCGUCGGCGCCGAGGUCGAGCUCCUGGCCUCGGUGGCGCACCCGAACGUCGCGCACGCCACCUACUGCUUCCACGACGAGGAGAGGAAGGAGUACUUUGUGGUCAUGGACCAGCUCAUGGCCAAGGACCUGGGGAGCUACGUCAAGGAGGUGAGCUGCCCGCGGCGGCGGACACCCUUCCCUGUCAUCGUCGCCAUCGACAUCAUGCUGCAGAUCGCGCGCGGGAUGGAGUACCUGCACGCCAAGGGAAUAUACCACGGCGAGCUGAACCCGUCCAACGUGCUCGUGAGGCUGCGGCAGCCCGACGGUGGCUACGUGCAGGUCAAGGUCACCGGGUUCGGGCAGUCCGGCAUCGCAAUGGGCGCCAAUGUCAACGGCGACGAUAACGCCUGCAUCUGGUACGCGCCCGAGGUGCUCAAGCCGGAGGUCGCGGAUGCAGGGUCCAGGCGCACCGAGAAGGCCGACGUGUACAGCUUCGCCAUGAUCUGCUUCGAGCUCCUGACCGGCAAGGUCCCGUUCGAGGACAACCACCUGCAGGGCGACAAGACAAGCAAGAACAUCCGCGCCGGCGAGCGGCCGCUGUUCCCGUUCCAGACGCCCAAGUACCUGACCGCCCUGACCAAGCGGUGCUGGCAUGCCGACCCGGAGCAGCGGCCGGGGUUCUCCUCCGUCUGCCGCGUCCUCCGGUACGUGAAGCGGUUCCUGGUCAUGAACCCGGAGCAGCAGCAGCAGCAGGCCGCGCAGGGCGACGAGCCCGUUGUGCCACCCGUGGACUACCUCGACGUGGAGAUGCAGCUGCUGAGGAGGCUCCCGGCGUGGCAGCGAGGUGAGGGCGCCCGCGUGCCGGACUUGCCGUUCCAGAUGUUCGCGUACAAGGUGUUGGAGAGGGAGAAGACCGCCGGCGUGGUGCAGGCCAAGGACAGGGCCUUCGACUCGGGCAGCGAAGGGAACUUGCUGUACGGCGAUGAGAACGGGGUCGGGGCAAUGUCGCCGGACCACCCUUCCUCGGCGGCGUCGAACGGCGCCAUGCGGCCGCUGCCGGACAGCAGCGAUGGCAAGAAGCCGCCGUCGGCCAAGAAAGCGGACGGCAAGGCGGCCAGGCAACCAGUUGCAGGGCAUCCGCAGAAGGUGAAGCCGGCCAACCCAGCAAGGACUCCGCAGGCACCAAGACGGACGCUCGGAGUGAAGACCGACGGCGUCUCCUAGUUCCUGCCGCGCGACAUUGGAAGCCAUCUCGUCGUGCUUCAGGGGAGUUGGAAUGCCGGUGCCGCCGGAGAGUGUGCGUUUGAUCAACUAGUCGUUUCUUGUGUGGCAUCACCAAAACAAGUCUUGGUUUUGUUUUAAGUUAUUAUAUCGCA